GCCCUGUUCUUGAAUUAAGUUUCCACUGGAGCACCAAGAAACUUCUCAUUCUUUAAUGUGUUUCUUCCAUCCUCUAGGUAUAUAGUUAUUGUGGUUUGGAUGCCUGUAGUCCUGUAUGUCAGCUGGCUCUGCUACACUUCUCUUGGUCAGGGAAACACCAUGCUCUUCUCUUCUUUGACAACAGAGUAUUCCAUUCCUGUCCACAAAUACUAUUUCCCAUUCCUCUUUAUCCUGGGAAUGAGCCUGUGGUCCUUUGUGGAGUAUGUCAUCCAUCGCUUUGUCUUCCAUAUGAAUCCACCUGCUAGCAACUAUUAUCUCAUCACACUACAUUUCUUGUUGCAUGGCCAGCAUCAUAAGUCGCCAUUUGACAGAUCCCGCCUGGUCUUCCCUCCUGUGCCAGCAUCACUGGUAGCUGCGUUUCUCUGCUGUUGCCUCCUUUUGAUCCUUCCUCGGGCAGUGGGGCUCUCUGUGUUUGCCGGGGGGCUGUUUGGUUACGUCACCUAUGAUAUGACUCAUUACUACCUGCACUACGGAUCACCAAAGAAAGGCAGCUACCUGUAUGGACUGAAGACCUAUCAUGUGAAGCACCACUUUGAACAUCAGAAAUUAGGCUUUGGCAUCACAACCAAGUUUUGGGAUCGUCCAUUUCGAACACUAAUCCCAGAGGAAACCUUUGAGAAAGAAGAUUAACCACCCUGCUCCAUGUUUGGCAUCUGGCUCCCACAGCUCUAGUGCACUGGUCUUCCUUCUUUCCUUCCUUCCUUUCAUCCUUCUUGCAGUCUGAAUGGCUACCCAGACUACAGAGGGAGCUGUCAGCACUGCAAAGCUGUAUGAGAGGGAUUUGAAGCCUA